GUGCUUCACUCGCGGAUUAUUGAGAGCUCCAAGCCAACCAAUAGUUCCUCUCCCAGAAACCCCUUAAAAAACCCUAGAUUUUUCAAUUGAUCGAAAUUUCGUCCCGUCUAGCUCCGCUGAUUGCGUUUUCCAACACAAGUUCCGGCGAGAUCUUUCGUUUCGCGGGUCCGGUGAAUUUCUAAAGAUUCGAUGGACUUCGACGAGUACGACUACUUGGAGAAAGCUGUGGAGGAUCAGGAUGAUAAGGAGACGAAGAAGGCAAAGAAGGGCGAGAGUGAGAGGAGCGAGAAAAUCACCAGGAAAAGAGAGGUAGACGAAGAAGCUGGCUCUGGUGGUCGUGAGGACGAGGAGCUGAAGGUCAAGAGGUCGAGAAGUGAGCAUGAAAAUGGGAAGGAGGAUAGGGAUCCGUCGGGCCGAGGGAGGGAUCGGCAUCGGAGAGAUAGAGAGGAAGAAACGGAUGGGGGAAAAGAGAGGGAUAGAGAAAGGAACCGUGGGAGAGAUAGGGGUAGCAGUGAGAAGGAAAGGGAUAGAGACAGAGAUAGGGAGGAGAGAGAUAGAGACAGACAUAAGGAGAAAGAGAGGGAGAGAGACAAGGAUAGAAGGGAUAAGGAGAGAGAUAGGGAAAGGCAUAAGGAGAAGGACAGAGAGAGAGAGAGGGAUAGGAAGGACAAGGAGAGGGAGAGGGAGAAGGAGAAAGAGAGAGAAAGAAGAGAAAGGGAAAAGAGGGAGCGGGAGAGAGAAGAGGAAAGAUCCCGGCGAAGCAGGAGUCGGUCUGUUCGGGAGCGAGAACGCGAAGUUGAUGUCAGAGAAAACAGGAGGAUGAAGGACAAGAAAGACAUGGUGGAGCCAGAGGCUGAUCCAGAGAGGGAUCAAAGAACUGUAUUUGCCUAUCAGAUGCCUUUGAAGGCCACCGAGAGAGAUGUUUACGAAUUCUUUUCAAAAGCUGGAAAGGUUAGAGAUGUGCGGCUGAUCAUGGACAGGAAUUCUAGACGGUCAAAAGGAGUUGGGUAUGUUGAAUUUUAUGAUGCGAUGUCUGUGCCCAUGGCUAUUGCUAUCUCUGGUCAACUACUCCUCGGUCAACCGGUGAUGGUUAAACCUUCAGAAGCUGAAAAGAAUCUUGUUCAAUCAAAUACGUCUGGUGCGUCUGGUGCAGGGCCGUAUGGAGCUGUAGACAGGAAACUUUAUGUUGGAAAUCUACAUUUUAACAUGACCGAGACUCACCUUAGAGAGAUUUUUGAAGCAUUUGGUCCUGUGGAGCUUGUGCAACUACCUCUUGACCUUGAGUCAGGUCACUGCAAGGGUUUUGGAUUUGUUCAAUUUGCUCAUCUAGAGCAUGCAAAGGCAGCUCAAAGCUUGAAUGGGAAAUUAGAAAUUGCUGGCCGAAUUAUCAAGGUUUCAUCUGUAACAGACCACAUUGGAGCACAAGAAAGUGUUGCAAAAUCAAAUGACCUUGAUGAUGAUGAGGGGGGUGGUCUGGCAUUGAAUGCUCAAUCAAGAGCUCUGCUUAUGCAGAAGCUUGACCGUACUGGUAUUGCUACUAGUAUUGCAGGAUCUCUUGGAGCUCCAGUGUUGAAUGGGUCAGCCCCAAAUCAGAGAUCUACGACCAGCUUGCCUCUAAAUGGUCAAGCUGCAGUUGUUGCACCAGUACUUCCUGCAAAUUUUACUCCACCAGUUUUACAAUCUGUUGGAAGUCCUAGUGAAUGUUUACUACUGAAAAACAUGUUUGAUCCAUCUUCGGAGACCGCACCAGACUUUGACUUGGAAAUCAAAGAAGAUGUUGAAGAGGAGUGUUCUAAAUAUGGUCGCGUUAAACAUAUAUAUGUGGAUAAAAACAGCACCGGAUGUGUGUAUCUGCAAUAUGAUACUAUGGAAGCUGCUAUAAAUGCUCAACGUGCAAUGCACAUGAGAUGGUUUGCAGGCCGACAGAUAUCGGUCUUGUUCAUGCAACCUCAGGUGUAUGAAGCCAAGUUUAUAGGAGCUUGAAUACUCUAUUUGCUGUUCUCAUCAUUUAGGAGUAAAUCAGAAGAUUCCUCUAGCCAUCCCUGCUUUAUAUUCUUUCUUGGAUGCUGCCCCGUCAAUGUCUAAUGGCUCCACUUUCUGUAAUAGGUGCUCAUAGAAGUCACAGGUUAAAAUCGAGUCGAUUAUCUUCAUAGAAAAAAACGAAAACGUUGUGUUGUUUUUGGUGUGGAUAUGGUACCUAUUCUUGAUUUCUGCACUAAUACAUUAUUGUCAAGCGAAUACUUUUUGUUGGCUUGGAUGGAUGCAUAUAAGUGUUGACUUGCAAUGCAUUUUGCAGAACUGCCGCUGAAACA